AGAUUAAAUAUUUAAAAAGUACCAUAAACAGUUUUAUUUCAUAAAGUAAUAGAGAAACGCUUGCACGAUGACUGAUAAGAUUCUCCGAAAUGACCGAUCCAAAAAGCCCGCGUCGUGAAUUUGUAAGAUCAUUUAAUAAUUCCCGCUUUCGUUAGGUAGCGCUGCGAACGUUCUUAAGGAGAAACAUGCUCGUCCUUUCGGCGUAUGUGACAAGGGGCGUCCACGAGGCUCCCGAUCCAUCGUUUUUCAGUUUCCCUCGCUGCUGGCAGCGUACGGACGGUGAUAAGGAUUGAAUUUGUCGCUCCGUCAAAAUUCAUUCUUGACGAAUCGCGCGAGCUCGAAGAAAAUUUCGAACGACACGUCGGUCCGAGCUUGCCGCUUUUUCUGACGUUUCGUAGUAAAGAGAAAGCGAAAGGGGAAAGGAGGAAGAUAGGAGGAAGCAGGGAGAUGCGGAAUUACGAUGCAUCGUUCCCACGUUUCUUCUCGUCAAUGGAUCGUGGUAUGUCGUGAAAGGGUUAAGAAGUGAGCUCGACCAUCGAGUGAAAGAAGGAAGGAAGGAAGCAAAGGGAUCGAGGUGGGAGGACGGAUGAAAGAAGGUGCCACCGACUUUUCCUGGACGUACAGUUGGGCACGAGCGCGACCAAGAAGGGAAAUACCUAUUCGAAGGUGGCAGUGACAGGGGUGGCGAAGGUCACGGGGUUGGGUCUAGGGGUGGCAUCAUGGACUCUCACCAGCAUCAAUUCUGUCUUAAGUGGAACAGUUUCGGUAGCAAUCUAGCAACGGCGUUCUCGAAUUUAUUCAAAAGCGAGAGUCUCACCGAUGUCACCCUCUUCUGCGAGGGAGUAACGUUCAAGGCUCACAGAUUGAUCCUCGCAGCAUGCAGCAAACAUUUUCAGGAGCUCUUCGAAGGGAUGCCGCCUUCUCCCGCAGGACUGAUCGUUAUUCUCGACGGGACGAGCGCUCACAAUAUGGCGUCGCUUCUCGAAUUUAUGUACCGCGGAGAAGUACACGUGUCUCAGGAAUCUCUGAGCUCUUUCCUCAAGGCAGCGGAAUGCCUUCAAGUAAAAGGUCUGUCGAUCGAGCACGAGAAAUUAGCAGUGGCGCAGAGACAUGCGGCUGAGAGCAAUAAUUCGUCGACGGACACCGGCGGAGAGGGUGGCGGGGGUGGAGGUAGCGGAGUUGGCGAAGUCGGUGCACCAGGAAGUAUCGGUGGUAGCAGCAGCGUUGGAGUUGGUGGUAGCGUCGACGGUAGCGGUAGUGGAAAUCCAAAUGGUAGUAUCGCUGCUGGUGCAGUAUCUACUACGAGUGCUGUUGGCGAUAGUGGAGUCGGUGACAUCACCGAUCUCAGCGAGGCCGGUGAAGCUACGAUGCUGAGGAACAGUAUAAAAAGACGCAGAGACGCAACCCCUACGCCUGCGCCGUCCCCGGCACCGGCAUACACCGUACCCAGCAUGUACUCUCACUAUUUCGAAAGUCCCCCAAAGAGGUUAAUGAGAUCGCCAAGCGACGUCGACACGUUAGGUAGGGCGAGCGUGUUGCGCGACGGUGCAGCAUUCCGGCCAGCUUCAGCACCGCAUCCUCUUCUUUUGGAAAGUCACUUUUAUCAGCCCUUUGCCCAUCCCUCGGAAACACCAGCUCACUCGCAUACCGCGCCUCACACGCCAACGGAACUCGAGCAGGAAUUGGAACAAGCGCGGUCAGAGGAACGGAAUAACUGUGAUUACAAGGAAAGCGUCGCUGAAGAUCUACGAAUAAAGCAGGAACCGGUGGUAUUGACGGAUCGAGAGCGAGCAGAGAAGUUGGCAGAGAAAUUAUCGAGCGAGGUAUAUUCCGGGGGUAGGGGGUUCGAGGGGUACGGCUCAAAUUCGGAACAUUUACAACGUGGCGCGCAAAUGGGCUCCGCGAUGGUAUCGAUACCACCGGCACAUCCACCAACUCCAGAUCUCAGUCCCGCUCCAACUACUCCUGCCAUGUGGAAUACGAAGAUGAACAAGGCUGGUACCGUAUCGACACCCGAGGGUAAAAAACUAAAGUGUCCCUUUUGCGAGAGACUGUACGGGUAUGAGACGAAUCUGCGUGCCCAUGUACGACAGCGUCAUCAGGGCAUCAGGGUACAUUGCCCAUACUGUUCGCGAACAUUCACGAGGAACAACACCGUACGACGGCACAUAGCACGAGAGCAUAAAGGCGAGUUGAGUCUAAAAGCUUUCCAAGAGACGAAUCACUCGGCCUCCGAUUUGGUGCCGCAGUAACAACAUUCUCCUAGACCUUCUUAUCAUCGUCGCCGUCAUCAUUGUUGUUGUCAUCGUCGUCGUCGUCGUCGUCGUCGCCGCCGCCGUCGCCGUCGUCGUCGUCGUCGUCGUCGUCGUCAACGUCGUUGUCGUCGUCGUCGUCGUAGUCAUUCUUUUCUUCGUGAUUCCGUGAUCCAGUAUGCCGAAGAAGAAGAAAUGAAAAUGAAGAAAUAUCGAAACCACCGAAACUUUUUUUUCGGCUACACGCUACACGAAGAAUCUAAGGACAAUUGGGGAACCGUUUAGUUCUCCAUUUACCUUUCGACGUUCGACUCGAACACACCGUCCCUAUUCCUCGAUCGGUAAACGCAGUAAGACGAUGUUCCACGAUGUUUAUUCAAAAUCCUGCCAGCUUCCGAGAGAAAAGUCCUUCCAAAUUAAACGAGGAGGAACAAAUAUCCAAGGAUCUUUGGCUUCGAUCAAUCAAUCUCAUGGAUUAAUAUGUUGGAUCCAUUUUUUUUUUUUUUCAACGAACUGGCAAUCCUUCAAAAACGUUGGCAAUUUUCGAAGAAGCAAAAGGACAUCUUCAACAUCUACGAUAAUUUUCUUUUGCUUCGUCUCUUUGGUUACUUUUUAUUUUUCUUUUCUUUUGUUUUCACUUUUUUCCAUUUAAUAACGAUUACAAGAAAACUCAACGGCUGCAUUUUACGAGAGCAAACAUCGUUCGAAGGCCAUUACGUCAUCAUCAUCGUCUUCGUUGUCGUCGUUGUUGUUAUCUACCUGGGAUCAUCGUCCUACUACCACAGCAUCGUAGACCGAAGCAAAGGAACUUUAAGGUCAGGUUUAGGACUCGCAGUUUUUUGAAAGAUUUCUAAGACGCACGGUGAGUUCUUUCUUUUUGAAGGAAAGUUUUUUCUAGUUUUGUUUCUCUUUAAAUCGUUACGUUAAAUGUCGCGAAAGCGAGUUCUUUCGUUUUGCAAAUGAAAAAAAAGAGAUUUAUUGAGAAACCAUGAGCAUUUUUCGUUUCCGUGCCUCUUGGCGGAUCUUUCUGAAAAAAUAUACGUCGCGAACUCGAAGUGAGAAAAGCUGCCGUCGUAUAAGAAUACGAUUAUUAGAAAAAGAGAGAGAGAGAGAGAGAGAGAGAGAGAGAGAAUGCGCGUGUGAGAGGAUGCGUGUAUCUGUAUGAAUGAGAAAAUGUGAGUAAGGUAGAACGAAAGGAGGAUUGUAUGUAUGAGCAAGCAAGGAGGAAAGUUAGAAAAGGGAACGCCAGCGAAUCACAAAACUAGUCAAUGAAAGUGCAACGGUCGUCUAGGGACUAAUUAACUAUAACUAUUAAAUGAGAAAGUUAAGCGAUAAAUGGAAAUAGACGAUGUAAGUAAAGAGCAAAAAUAGUUAAACGAAUGAUAACAACACAUGUGGUUAAUACAAGAAUAAAAAUAGUGAAUAAACGCGCGAAUUAAUAGUAUAAUAAUAUAUCGAAGAUAAUGCAAAACGGAAAUAGUCAUAGGAUUGAAAACACAAACUCAGGUAAAUAAUACAUACAUACAUUUAUUAAUAUAAAUAGGUAUAUGUUGAACUAGACGAAACGUUUUUCAUAGUUGAAGCUGCCGAGUACCGAUAAUAGAGAAACAAAGAGAAAAAGAUAGUAGAACGAAGCUACCAUGGUUGUCCCUUUUUUCGAUCAUUCGCGAAAUUGAAGAAUAACGAAAAGUAUAUACAUAUACCGUAUGAAAGGAUGAUCGAGAAGAAGUAAAAACAAUUAUCGGUUGCUACUACUUUUUUGAUAGUUCAAACGUGUUACAAAGAGAAAGAUGAGAUAGUCUCUUCAUCACCAAUUUUUAUUAAUUAUUAUCACUACUACCAUAAAAAUGUUAACUUUUUCAAUGCAGAUCUCUGGAACUAUAUUACUGUUGAAGAAAGUCGAGCCUAGGAUCGAUAUUUACAGAGAUAACCGUACACACAUACGCAUAUUUACAGAAACGGGUGAUAUAAUGAAUAAUAUACAUACGUCAUACCUUAGUUACGUUCAGUCGUUCACACGCGCAGUGCCAAAACAAUACUAAAAUAUCCAACUCGAACGAGAUGCAUUUCGUUUUCACGCGUUUCCCUCUUUUACUUCUUCUUUUUUUGUUUUUGGGGUUUUUUUUUUUUUUUAUUUGCUGCAAGAUA